GCAGGAACAUGCGGAUAGACCAACGGCAUGCGCAACGAGCAAGUAGGAAGCCCAUAAGCGCGCCUGUCUGCUACGUCAUUUAAGCUUAAAACAAAGCUCCCGGUCUCUUCUUGACGUUUACAAGCGCGUCGCGGAGCAGUCACCGCGAACAUCCAUCCAAUAUACUACGUGCCUUAUAAAUACACCCGGCCGCCCUCCAUUUUCUUUGCCCUCAUCCUGCUCCCACACAUCGCACAGUAUCUGCAAGAACUCAAUAUGACUUCCAAGCUCCUCCCUUCCAACCCGGCCGAGGUCAUGGUUAUCCGUGACGUUGUCCCCAAUGUCAUCACCACCUGUUCCGCUCCUUUCUUCCGCUUCGGUCGCAUCAAGAUUGGUGGUCGCGGUACCAUCGUCCGCCUUCAAUCUGGCUCACUUGCUGUCUUCUCUCCCACCGCUCUCACCGACGCUGUCAAGCAGAAGGUGAAGGAGAUGGGUGAGGUCAAGUACAUCACCGCCCUGGAUGCCGAGCACCACAUCUACAUCGGCGAGUGGUACAAGGAGUACCCCAACGCCAAGGUCCUCGGCCCCGAGACCCUCCCUGAGAAGCGUACCAAGCAGAAGAACGAGGAAGUUCCCUUCCACCUUGUCUGGACCGGCAAGGACAAGCACACGCAGGUGGUCGAUGCUGAGUUCGACGCCGAAUUCGAGUAUGAGUUCGUCCACUCGCACGUCAACAAGGAGCUUGUCUUCAACCACAAGCCCACUCGUACUAUGAUCGAGGCCGACCUCCUCUUCAACCUCCCUGCUACCGAGCAACACAGCAAGGCCGAUGGCGACGCCACUUCGGGCAUACUCACCAAGAUCUUCUCGAACUUUACGCACUGUCGUGGCGAGGCCAUGGGCCAGCGUCGCUUCCUCUGGUACCUGGCCAGCUCUAGCGACAGGAAUGGGUUCAACGACAGCAUGGCCAAGAUCAACGGCUGGGACUUCAACCGCAUCAUCCCCUGUCACGGCGAUGUCAUCGAGGGCGAGGGCAAGACGGUCUUCCAGAAGGUCAUGAAGUGGCACAUUGAGGCGGCGCUCAAGACGCAGUAGGUAGCAGGCAGGCAAGCGGGGCGUUGUGGCAGGGUGAUGUGUCAAUCAUGGGGCGGAGCUUUGUUUGGCCGGCAGUGUCCUUUCACAGCCUGGCGUGCAUCUGGGUGGGCGUCGUCGUGUGUUUUCUAUACCCCAGUUGGUAGAUUGAG